ACUAACAAAAGCUGAGAUCACGUGACUAGCAGUCCGGUGUGGAAGUCCUUUAAUAGUCUUUUCUUGUAAGCUAUACGCUAAUUAAUUUAUUUAAACAAACUGUUUGGAAAUAUGAUCCCUUUCAAUUUUCGAAACAAUGCAACAUGAAGAUAUGUACAAUAAAUGUUCCCCUUUUCAUGUUACACUUGUGUUAUUCAAAUUUAGGAACGGGCUUAGCUGCGGUAUUUUCAUGCUUUUUUAAUUAAAAUUUUCAGUUAAUAUGUUUCCAUUCAAUGGUCCUCCAAAUUUCAACUGGCCAUCCACAAAUUUUGUACCUCAGACAUGGCCUCCUCGAAUAACUGUACCUCCUCCAAAUAUGAUGCCACCAUCAUUUCAGAAUCCAGGAAUUGGACAGGGAACAUACGGACCACCUUUUCCUUUCCAAAAUGCUUCUUUUAUUAUGCCUCCACUUAAUGUGCCCCCUCCUCCAAUAUCAUCUCCUUUACCAAAUUCAUCUCCUCCUUCUACACAACAUAGAGCAGGUGCUGGAAAUUCAUCUAUGCAGCUAUCUUCAGUUGAUGCAUACUGGAAUUUAGAGCCUAAAGUGGGUAGUAAAAAUAAAAAUUGUCUCAUCGAACAAUUAGAAGAUGGAGAAAUUGAAGAAGAACCUGAAGACGUGCAAAAACUUGGGGAACAUUCUAAGGACUAUCCCCAUUUUAAGAAAUACUCAAACGAUAGUAGAUUAAGAGAAUGUUCAAAAUACUCUGAAUUCAAUGAGUAUUCUGAACAUUCAUUAGAUCCUAGAUAUAAAGGACACUCAAAAGAUCCUAGAUUUAAAAAGCAUUCAAAGGAUCCCAGAUUCAAGGAGCAUGAAGAUCUCAGAUUGAAGGAACAUUCUAGAGAUCAUAAUAUUAAGGAACAUUCGAAAGAUCAUAGACAUCAGAAACAUUCAAAAGAUUCAAGACUAAAAGAGCACAUAACAGAUCCAAGACUGAAAGAUCCAAGGCUAAAAGAGCAUUUAAAGGAUCCAAGGGUAGAAGAAUACUUGAAAGAUCCCAGACUAAAAAAGCAUUUGAAAGAUCCAAGACAAAGAGAACAUUUGAGUGUUCCAAAACAAAUAGAGAAUAGGCAAAAUCCUAAACUAAAAGAUCCUAAUACAAAAGAGGAGUCAAAGAGUUUGAAAGAGCAUUCAAAAGAUUCCAGACUUAAAAAGGAUUCAAAACAUACACAGCAGCUAAAAGAUUCCAAAUUUGGAAAACAGUCAGAAGAUACUAAACAUGUAAAGCAGUUUGAAAGUUCAGAUGUUGAGCUAUUUGAACCGAAACAUUAUGAGCAUUUAAUAGAUCCAAAACAUUACGAACAACUAAAAGAUCCAAGAGUUUAUAAGCAGUUAAAGGAUUUAAUAAAUGAGCAGUUGAAAAGUCCAAAAUUUCAAUUUAAAAAUUGCAGUAUUGACCAUACUAAAGAUGACCAAAAACAUUCUUUAGAUUUAAAACAGAAAGAUCUAACGAUAGAGCAGUCCAAAGAUCCAAGGCUUGAAGAACAUCGUGAAAUUCCAAGAAGUACUGAGCUUUCUAAUGAUCACAGAUUCAAAUAUCAGCCAAGCAGUCAAAGAGAGCAUUUGCAAGAUCUAAGAUAUAGUGAUCCUUUAUUUGAAGAUAAAUCAAUUGAAUUAAUUAUUAAAGGAAAAUCAAGUGCAUCUGAGGAAAAAGCAAAAGAUUCAACACAAUCAAAAUCACUUUUUAAAACAUCAGUGAAUCUGUUUCUUGAUAAACAAUCAUCAGAUCCAAAGCUUGGGGAAGAUGUUAAGAUAACACUUGAUAGGACUCAGAUCACAUUUCCAAUUUCAAAUGUGUUUGAAGACAUGAAUGAAAGUACAUUAAAAAUUCUCUCUUUAGAAUCUCAAAAUAUAGCUUGCAAAAAUGAAAUCACAACGUCCACUUGUUCUGAUCAGCUUCAUACACAUUCAGCAAAUGAAAAUGACCCCUCACGUAAACUAACCUCGAUAGAAACAAAUCAUAGUUCUUUUCCUGGUAGUGAUUCUAGAUUUGAAAAUGAUCCACUGUGUAUUGUUAAAAAAGAAAGCACUGAAGAAAAUUAUUCCGAAAUAGAUCCCUCAAAAUUUGAUUUAGUUCAGAGUAAGUCUGUAAGUGAACAAUGUUCUUCUCUUGAAAAUGAUUAUUCUACUCUAGAAAAUGAUCAAAUUUAUAUUGUUGAGGAAGAAAGUGCAGAUUAUAACAAACCAGACGCUAAUUCAUUGACAUUUAACUUAAUGAAAAGCCGUUGCCAUUCUGUAGGAGAAAACUCCGUUCAUGAAAAUGAUCAAAUGUAUAUUGUUGUGGAAGAUAGUAUCAGAACAGAUAAUAUGAAACCAGAAACCCAUCAUUUCCCUAGUUUAGAAAAAGAAAUGUUUGUUGUUGAGGAUGUCAAAACAACAGUAACCAGUACAAAACUGAAUGCUAAUUUGUCCCAUUACUGUUCUGCAAGUGAUGAGAAAAGAAAAAGUGAGCCAGGAUAUAGACCAAAAAAUAUUAAAGCAGAUUAUUAUAAAAUGUCUCCCGGUAAAUUAGAUCGUGAUUCAUCCAAAUUUAAUCCCAGCCGAAAUAAAUCUUCUUUAAGUAAAGAGGAAGGAAAAACUGAAAAUUUAGUAUGUGGUGGUGCGGAACACAGGACAUAUCAUUCUACGGAGGUUUCUAAAAAACUGGAUUCAGAAAGAAAUCCUCAUUCUGGACCAAAAUCUAUGAAUAAAGGGAAAGAAAAACACGUUUCAACCGAAGAAAGACUUGAAAUAUUUCAUCCUGCAUCAGAUUUUACAAAACAGUAUUCAUCAAAAUCUAUUUCAUAUCAAAAUAAAUCUCAACAUCAUUCUAGAGAGAAAACUGCUGCUGCAGAGCGCUCAACUUCAGCCUCUACAAAGUUAAAUGAUGAUACAUCCAAAUUUAGUGAAACCCAUUGUAAAUCUCAUUCUGUAUCUAGUUCCAAAUGUGAUAGUGAAGAAACUAAGCAUUUUAAGAAAGAAGAAAAAUCUCCUCAUUGUGGAUCAAGGAGUUCUGGUUUAGAAGUCAACCCAUCUCGGGGGGAUCGGCGAAGUGCUUCGAGAGAAGUGUAUCAAAGACAUACUCACGAAGAAAAAUCUCCACAUUGUGAAUCAAGGAGUUCUAGUUUAGAAGUCAACCCAUCUCGGGGGGAUCGGAGAAGUGCUUUGAGAGAAGUGUAUCAAAGACAUACUCACGAAGAAAAAUCUCCACAUUGUGAAUUAAGGAGUUCUAGUUUAGAAGUCAACUCAUCUCGGAGAGAUCGAAGAAGUGCUUCAAGAGAAGUGUUUCAAAGACAUACUCGAGAAGAAAAAUCACUUCAUCACGAAUCAAGAAGUGCUAAAAGAGACAGGAGUUCUAGUUUUGAAGUUAACCCAUCUCGGAGGGAUCGAAGAAGUGCUUCAAGGCACUCUAAAGGUAAAAGUCCUUGUAGGUCAAGAUCUAAAAACCAUUAUAGUGGAAAAUCAUUAUCUGGAACAAUAAGAAGUGACUCUAAAGAAAGGUCAAGAUCCCGCAGUCUUUUAAAAGGGGAAUCCCCACGUCUUCUGUCUGAUGCGAGAUCAAAUGAAGUUCAUCAGAAUGCAGGCAAUAAUGGAAUGAUGGAUGAUGCUCGUCAUAAAAGUGUAGAAAAAGAUCGAGAUCUGAGAAGUUCCUCUGUUUGUAGCAAAAGAAGCAGUUUUGUGUCUCAUCAUCAGAGGUCUAGAAAAGAUAGGCGUGAAAUCCAAGAAGAUCAACCUGCUCUCAGUACUAGACCUAGUAAAAACAUCACAUCUUCUCCUUCUGGAAUGUUUUAUGCACAAAACAAGGAUUCCAAUGAAGUUGUAGCGACUAAUGCCUUGUUAGCACUGCACGAAAGAUUCAAAUUUGAGUUAGUGGAUCGUGCUGCUCGUGCCAGAGCUCUGAAACCAAAAUAUGAACCUCCUGUUCGUAAGGUGAAACUUCGAAAAAUGAAAAUAAAAGAGCCAACAAACAAUGGUAGCAGCUCAAGCAGUGAAGAUCUGAGCUCAAGUGAUGAAGAAGAUACUACUUUCGAAGAAUUGGAAAGAAAAAGAAAACAUCCAGAUAGAUUACAUCCUGAAUUAUGGUUUAAUGAUCCAAAAGAAAUGAAUGAUGGACCUCUUUGCCGGUGUAGUGCAAAAGCAAGCCGAGCUGGUAUAAGGCAUGGUAUUUAUGUCGUAGAGGAACCCAUACCUCCAUGUAAUCCAUACAGUAAUAAUACUGAUAAAUUGUGGCAUUACAAAAUAACAAUGACGCCUCAUACUAAUUUCAUGACCAAAUGUCCCACAAAGAUAGUUCAUGAUGAAAAAAAAUAUAUAUUUGAAGGUUUCUCAAUGUUUUCUCACUACCCGUUGCCAUCUCUUCCCAGCUGUAAAGUGAUUCGUUUCAAUUACGAAUACACAAUACUUUAUGUUGAAGAGCCAAAGCCACAAAAUUUCACUGUUGCCGGACUCGAACUAUUUAAUAAGUUCCUUCUCGAGGAGAUUUUAGAAUUAGUUGAUCUUAACUGGAAAGCCCACGACGAUCCCGAUGGAUGCCCACGAUUUCAUUUCAUGCCUCGUUUUUCAAGAGAACUCGACGAUAAUAGCAAAGAGCUGUUGUCACUGAAUGCUGUUCUGGACUAUUUGUUGUCAUGCAAUAAAAUUCUAAUUGAUGAGAAAAAAUUAAAUGUGGUGAUGAAGUAUUCGGAGAGAAAGUGGCAAGAUUUAGCUGAUGAAGUGAAGGGUAUGAUAGUUACAUGCCCUGGCAUGAAGCCCUCUUCUGUGAGGGUAGAUCAACUGGAUAGAGAAGAUCACGGGAAGGAGAAAACAAAUUUUCCAGUCAUUGUCCAUUUUGGUGUGAGGCCUCCUCAGUUAAGCUAUGCCGGAAACCCUCUAUAUCAAAAAGCAUGGCGUGACUAUGUAAAAUAUAGGCAUCUCUUAGCCAAUAAACCAAAAGUGCGUUACGAGGAUCGGCGAAAAUUAGUUUCUAAAGAAACAAAGCUUCAAGAAAUGAGAAUGGAAAAUGAUUUAAAGAGAGAUGUGACUGUUGUUAUCAGUAGCAAAGGCUUUUAUCGAACAGGAUUAAUGAGUGAUGUUAUCCAACAUGCUAUGUUAAUGCCUGUCUUAGUGUGUCAUUUACGAUUUCAUCAUUCUUUGAGCAAUUUAGAAGACAGAAUUAAAUAUAAGUUUAAAGAUAGAUUUUUGCUGCAGCUGGCUCUUACUCAUCCUUCAUACAGAGAGAAUUUUGGGACCAAUCCUGAUCAUGCGAGAAACUCACUGACAAACUGUGGAUUACGGCAACCUCAGUAUGGAGACAGAAGAAUACACUACAUGAAUACACGAAAAAGGGGUAUCAACACUUUAAUUAACAUAAUGUCAAGGUUUGGUUGUCAGAAAGAAUCUGCAUCUUCAAUCAAUCACAAUGAAAGACUCGAGUUCCUGGGAGAUGCAGUUGUAGAGUUUUUAUCGAGUAUACACCUCUUCUACAUGUUUCCUGAACUUGAAGAGGGUGGUCUUGCUACUUACCGAGCUGCAAUAGUACAAAAUCAACACCUGGCAGUCUUGGCCAAAAAACUUCAGUUAGAAAAAUAUAUGCUUUAUGCUCAUGGUUCUGACUUAUGCCAUGAUUUGGAACUUCGGCAUGCUAUGGCUAAUUGCUUUGAAGCUUUAAUGGGAGCUUUGUUUCUCGACAACGGUAUUGAAGUAGCAGAUAGAGUUUUUUCAGAAACACUAUUUCCUGAACCUGAAUUACAGGAUGUCUGGAAAAAUUAUCCUCUUCAUCCUCUGCAGGAACAAGAGCCUGAAGGGGAUAGAAAAUGGAUAUCUUCUGUGCCUCUUUUGCAGAAACUACAUGAAUUUGAAGAUAAAAUAGGAAUUGAAUUCACCCACAUUCGACUUCUCGCAAGAGCUUUAACUCACAGAAGCCUGGGUUACAACAAUCUUACAUUGGGCUCAAACCAGAGACUUGAGUUUCUUGGGGACACUGUGUUACAACUUGUUGCAUCAGAAUAUUUGUACAAGUUUUUUCCUCAUCAUCAUGAGGGUCACCUAUCUCUUCUGAGGAGUUCUCUGGUCAAUAACCGUACACAAGCUGUUGUUUGUAUUGAUCUAGGUAUGGUGGAGUAUGCUAUCUAUCCUUACAACAAACUUGAAUUGAAGCCAAAAGAUAAAGCUGAUUUGCUGGAAGCUUUCCUUGGAGCUUUAUAUGUAGAUAAAGAUUUGGGAUAUUGUAAAAAAUUUUGCGAAGUUUGCUUCUUUCCUCGUCUUCAGGAUUUUAUUAUGAAUCAAGAUUGGAACGAUCCAAAGUCUAAACUUCAACAGUGUUGUCUGACUUUGAGGUCAAUGGAUGGGGGUGAACCCGAUAUCCCGACAUACAAAGUGAUUGAGUGUAAAGGUCCCACAAAUACCAGAGUUUAUUCAGUUGCUGUAUACUUUCAAGGGAACCGUUUAGCUGUUGGAACUGGCCACAGUAUUCAACAAGCUGAGAUGGAUGCUGCUGCAAACGCUCUGAGAAAAUCAAAAGAUCUUUUCCCCCAACUGCGGCAUCAAAAGAGAGCAAUAGAAAGAAGUUUGAAGCAUGGACGACGUCCCACGAAAUGCAGAAAAAAAUAAUUGUCGACUUUUAUUCUUAUAAUAAAAACUUGAUAUCAACUUGACCAUGAAAACUAGAUGACAAAAAUUUUAUCGCUGCUCAACAUUUAUGAAAUUUUAAUUACUGUUCACAGUGACUUAACGAAACAUUCUGUACUUUUCGACAAAAUCCUAUUUAAUAAGUUUGGUAUUUGAGAAAUCUUGGUUUUAUAAUAUCUGAAGUGAACAGAAGUAACAGAGCCUUAAGGUUCAAAAUUUCUAAUUUAAUUGUUUUAUAGAAUAUUGUAACUCUGUUCCAGACUAGAUUUGUUUCCUCUCUUAAUCAAGAAUUCUUUUUGAGUUUUCUCCUCUUAUUGUUUAAUGGAGUCAAGUUUAUAAUAAUUUAAGCAUUUUCCUCGACAUAACAAAUUGGGUCCCCACAGGUUUUUAGCAGAAUAAAUAUUACAAGACAUGUCACAUGGGCAAAAUUUAUUAGAAGCUUUUCGACUAAAACUAUUUAAUUUUCCCAUGUUUCAAAAUGUAGCAUUCAAAAGUUGCUUGUUUUUAAGAUUUAUGUUAUUGACUUUCAAAACAAUCUUGCAAUAUAUCACAACAGUGUCUCACAAAUGAAUUUGCAAAGGUGGCCACAACAGAUAAACUUGUCGACUACUUCAGAAGCUUGUCGAGUUCAUAUUGUAUAGUUGUCAUAAUUCCCUUUCUAAGUUUUCAAGACAUAACUAGAAAGUGUUUUUGUUGCCAUUUGUUCUUGUUAUGUUGUCGCAUAAUGUUCUUUUGUUGUAAAUAUUUGUUUUAAUUGAUUGUUUUUUAAAUAAAGAAAUAACUGUGCAAAUGAA